AUUAUUGUUAUUAAUUAAAAUUGAUAGAUUGAUUGAUGUUAAUUGUUAUGGUUGUAAAAAGUUUCGAGAAAAAAUUAGAAUUUUUGAAGAAAAUGGAACCGCAAGCCAGAUAAUUUUAUAAAUAAAAUGUACGAAAGAUUGCGUUGAAUCGCAUCAUCGUGCUGGAGGAAGUAGAGGAAUGGGCCCUUGGGCCUUUGGAAUUCCUAUUGUCCUUGUUUCCACUCUUGGUCUCCUUCUUAACGCUUAUGUCCUGUUAGUAGUAAUCGGCCUCGGCAAGCAGGCGCAGCAACAAACUUCAAAUACUCUUCUGUUAAUUCACCUUGGAGCAGUUGAGUUUGCACUUUGUUUUGUAUUGCUCGUAUUUACAACCGGUCCUUGGACGAAUUCUGGUUCUUGGUGUGCAGUCCAUGGUUUUCUGCUCACUUUACUUCACCCAGUAGCUUUGUGGACCGUCACAGGGCUCAAUUGUGAUCGAUACUACGCCAUAGCAGCACCCCUUCAUUACUCGGCAGUAGUUUCCCCACGGCGAGUAAUCCUAGGAUUAGUAGGAGCAUGGAUUGGUGCAUUCAUUCUGUCUCUACCUCCAUUUUCGGGUUUAAUUGCACCGUAUAAAUAUAGUCAAGAUUUUGGAUGCUGUAUUCCAGCGUUCAGUAAUGAGACAUGGACUAUUGCUGGUGUUAUUUAUACAAGUGUUUAUCUGUUUUUGGGUUUAGUGUUACCAGCGAUACUUAUUACAGCUUGCAAUAUUCGCGUCCUAGGAAUUGCAAGGUAUCAUCGCCACCGAAUUGCCAGCGCUAUUUAUGAAGUUACGUUGAGCGCUCAAGUUACUAUUACGCACCAAAGAAAUCCGUUCUUCAUACCGACAGUUACUUCACCUUCUGCUGGAGGACCUCCGAAAUUUCACAGUGCUGCUAGUACUGUGAUGCAAUUAGUCGGAUCAGUCUAUCUACUUUAUUUCCCCUACUGCGGAAUCAUCCUAUGGGAAGCUUGCACCGCAGCUAGUCAUAGUCGUCUUCACUUGCACCCAAGAUUCGCGUCCUUGGCCUCACUUUUACUCGCUACUUCGCCGCCGAUUAACGGUUUAUUAUACGGCCUCAAGUCACGAACCAUAAGACGUUCUGUGCAGAAUUAUUGGCGAAAAAAAGUAACUAAAUCGGAAUUGCAGCAGGAAAUUCAAGCAAGAACCCCGAGCGUUGCAGGGUCGCGUCGCCCUUCGGGAAGUGGACCAGUCUCUCUGUUUCCGUUUCCGCCACUCCAACGACGUCUCAGCGAAGCUCUACUCAAUUUAGGGACAAAUUCAAGGGCUGCCGGUGGUUUUGACAGUGGUAACAUUGUAGCUUUUGAUUGCAAUCGCUUACAACCCGCUGCAUCUUGUAAUACACUACGGGUACCAACAAGCGAAUCAAGUGAAAGUAACAGAGUAGUGCGAACGAGUGCAAGCACAGCGAGUCUAAUGGGAAUGGGAUAUCACGAUUCUACUAGUACAAUACGUGAAUCUUCGUUAUUACGCGAUACGAUAGAAUCGUCAAAAAGAAGCCCAAUAAUACUGAUAACGCGGACACAUAGCGUUGAAAUACCAGACGGCAGUAGUCCAGUGCACAAAAGAUCCUGUAUUACUUCAGGACACUUUGGUACAAUUGUAACUGACAAGAGACGCUGGCGUCAAGUCAGCACUGGAAGUGAUAGCAGUACAGGAAGCAGCGAUGCUAGUAUUUGGACAACCGGAAUAGCUCAUAGAGCUGCCAAAGGAAACAUUAGAAGUUCUAUUGACAAUUGGCCAAUAGCUAUUCGUCACGUGCCACUAGGGAUAUUAUUCAAUGGAUUACGCGCUAGCAAUAAUAGUGAAAGUAGUGAUACAACAGAUACAACGGCAACAACAACAACAACAUCAACUUUACCGUCCAAAGUAUUUUCAAUAGCACAAGGAACCCAAAAGUCAAACAAUAAAACUGAUGAAAAGCCAAAAGUGAAGCGAAAAAACAGCGAAGAAAAAAGCGAAAGCGAAUCCAGUUGGGGUAGUAUUGAAGAAAAAAGGUCGAAUGAUAUCGAAGACGAAAACAGCGAAAAAGAAGAAAAUGAAGAAGAAAAAAAUGAUGAUGAUGAUGAAGAAGAAGAUGUAGAAGAAGAAAGCGCCAGUAGUAACGAUAAAAAUCCAAACGAAAUUGAUAACAAAGGGGUAGUAAAAAAAUGUAAAAAAAGAAGAAAAGAGAGGAUGCGUUCUCGGAUUAUUAAUGAUGAGAAAAUAAAUGAAAAUAAUGAUGGAAUUAAAUUACGAUCACUUCUUACAACUUUGUCAUCUUAGAUAUUUAUUUUUAAUUGUCUUUUUUUUUAUUAUUAGAAUUAUUGUUAUUAUUCUUUAGAUUGAAAUAGAUGACAAAAGCAAACCAAGGAGUAAUUGAUUGACUUGUGAAUUAAAAACUAACAUAUCCCGAAAUACAAUUAUAUUUUUGUACUUUUAACCCAUGACAUUUAUAAAUGAAAAAACAUAUAACAUAUACAUACAUUCUUAUAUAUAUAUACGUAUUGAUAUUGAUAAACACAAUCAGGUAACUGGCGAAGAAAACACUCGACAACAAAACAUAAAUAAAUAGGUUCGAUUAAUUUGAAAAGAGACCUUGAAUAAAAAAGUAAAUUUUACACCGAAUAGUUUCGCCCUCAAUGUUUGUUGGAUCGAAAAAAAUGAAACUAGAUACAUUAAAAUAUAGUAUAAAAUGCAACAUAAAUAUAUGUGAUUUGUUACACUGAUAGAAGGAUUUUUUUAUAGUUAAAAAUAUUUGUUAAUAUUUAACAAA